UCUGUAAAUCUACAAAUCUUCAUUCAAUACAUUCAGCCUUCACUUGUGCAUAAAAAAAAGUUAAGUCUUGACGCGAGUGAUGCAAGGUGCUCCUAAUAAAUGCGUUCAAUGUUGUGUUUUAUACUAGUGCAAGUGUACCGAUUUAUUGCUUAUAUUAUUUGCAACAUGUGAUUUUAUUGUAAAUAAUUAAAAUAUCUUACAAAAUGGACGUGAAAUGCUAUAAUCGUGGGUGUAAUAUGUGACUUAGUGGAGUGCUUAUGUUCUUUUUUGGAGAACUUUUUUUGUUCUGUGCUUUCUAAGUUUACUCGUAUUGAAUUCCAAUCGAGCAGACAAUGAUAUACCACAUCACUAUAACGAAAUAACAAUCCGUACAAGAAUGCCACGAAUCUCUCGAGAACCUCACGCAAAUGUGAUAAAUUACCACGUUCCUCUAGUUGUUAGCGUCAAUUAGCCAAAGCCCAGCCCUCAGAGGGAUUCUAUUUUGUAACCAAAGCGUAUUAGCGUAGCGUAGGAUGUCCCAAAUGCCGAUAUACAGUCAGGUCGCGCCGAAACAAGCGAAGAAGAAUGGCAAGAAAGCUCAGGGUGGUUCGAAGGAGUUCGAUCCGUUGAAUUACAAUCAUGGGGGCAAUGUUCAGAUAUUGAACGCGCCGCUCGAGAGUCGCGUAGAGAAACUAGAGAGGAGAGAGGGGAGGGAGGGUAGGGAAGGGAGGAGGAAGGAGGAGGUGCGCAGGAGGACGCAGAGGAACGAGCCGGGGGAGGGGAAGGUGGAGGCGUAUCUGCGGCAGAACCAAGUGAACAUACGACAGCAGCAGAAUCGACAUUCGGCUGUAAGGCAAGCGGAGCAUAGGGUUAAUUUGAGAUCUCUUCCCCUCAACGAGGUGACCGCUCGCGGCCACGACCGGACACCAACUGACAGGCAUCGCGGCUUCCCUGAGCGAGAAUCGCGCGAAUACAGGAGAGAGCGGGACAGGGAUAACUUUGAAUUUGAUGGCGAACCGCUCAGCCCCAUAGCUGCGCGCGCGCACGACUCUACCCGUCCCGUUCGCAAGUCGACCUCUAGCCAACGUGUGAGCGAGACGACCAUAUCGACGGACAAACGCAGGUUCUUCUGUCGCGAGUGGGUGUUUCAGAAGAUUGCGUAUUGUCUGGAACAGAGGGCUGUUAGUAAGACGUGUGGCGCGUUGAUUUUGGGCGAUGCGGGUAGCGGCAAAACGGCAUUAUGCCAAGAGCUAAGCCAACCCGGGCCGGGCCCGCAGGCGCGGCAACAACGCGCGUUGAAUCGGCGUUUGCUGGCUAGGCACUUUCUGCAGGGUCCAGGCGAAAGUGCCCAACGACCAGGCGAGUUUAUACGCUCGCUAGCCAUGCAGAUUCUAAGUCAUUCUGCGCACGCGCGGCCUACGGACAGGGAGCAUAGCGCACGGGAUGUGGGUGGGAAUAGAAAUAAUUCGGAAGAGAAUUUGAUACAACGGUUCCGUGAGAUGGGAGAGGAUACAGAGGAUAGUUCCAAACCUUUGUUGGGUGAUUGUGAAGAUCGCACGGACGACGACGACGUUGGCAGUAGUCGAAGAAAUAAAACAAUAGAUAGAUUGCACGAAAGAGACACCUAUAUGGACUGUAUGGCGGAUGAUAAUUUACCAGAAAUAAUGCCGCGUACGAGCGCAAAACCGACGAACCCGUUCGUCGAAGACGACAUGCGGCUAUACGAAAACCACGAAAACCUCUUCCUGCGCAACAUAUCUCAACGCCAAUCGAAGGAACUGCGCAAUUCCCGCCUUUUACGACAAAGUUCCGAACCGUUAACCGAAAAAAAACCGGUAUUACUCCAAAAGAGCCUAUCCACGGAAACAGAAGAGAAAAAACCGGAAAACUCACCGCCCAAAUCGAGAAUACCGGUCGCGAACUUCAAGUACCCAAAUAAGAGUGAGCUAAAACCGGAAUCGCCGAAGAAAUCGGUAUCGGAAAUACCGGAAGUGGAAUAUGAGAAUGUUCUGGAUAAAGAAGAUCCUCCGCCCAUACCGUCUCUGCCAAUAAGUCAAAGGACUUUAAUAGCUAAUGCGUAUUAUGAAAAAUUAUUAUCGGACAGUGAAAUACAACAAGCGUUAUUGCCGCAGAAUGUGGAAAAAGCACCCGAUGAGUGUUUUAAGAAGGCCAUAUUGUUUCCGCUAUUGGAAAUAGAUCCGCCGAAACAAUGUUUGUUUUUGUUGGUCGAUGCUAUCGAUGAAGGUACUACGGGUAAAUCCGACAACGAGAGCGGUGUAGGCGGUCUACUGUCCCGCCAUCAACAUUUACUGCCACAUUGGUUGCUUCUAGUGGCCACAGCUAGACGACACUCAAGACAUUUGACUAAAAUGUUUACAGGGUUCCGCAAAAUAACACUAGAUGAGUUACAACGUGCCCACGUUUCAGCCGACGUUCAACGCUAUGUACUAGCUAGAUUGGAUACGGAACCUAGGUUGCGUGGUCGAGUAUCAAGCGACUCAGCUGCUGCAGCGGCGGCUGCGGCUGCGUUGGACCAUUUGAGGAUCAAGAGCGAUGGCUGUUUGCUUUAUUUGGAGAAGGUGCUAGAUGGCGUGGCGGAUGGUUUCAUAGCGCUACGGGAGAUACGCGAAAUACCCGGCACUCUAAACGGGCUGUAUCUCUGGUUGGCGCAGAGAUUGUUCCAUGGGAGGAGGUUUACUAAGGUGCGUCUUCUCCUCGACGUGCUUUUAGCAGCACGUUGCGGCGUCACAGAAGAGAUGCUAUAUAAAUGUCUCUUAACAAAAGAGUACAGUGUUACAAGAGAGGACUUUAAUAGGCGGCUACAUUUGCUCAGACGUGUACUAGUGAUGGAGCGCGGCACCGGCCAUUUACGUGUAUUCCACGCUUCGUUCGCGGCUUGGUUACUAGACGUGAAGCAUUGCACGCGUCGCUACUUGUGCAGCGCGGCCGACGGGCACGCGGCGCUCGCCAUGUGCUACACGCUGCUGGCUAGGGGACUCAGUCCCCUUGAAAUUCACCAUUACGUUUAUCAUAUGACGUACCUCGAACAGCAUUUGUCGUCGCAGAAGAAAAAUAAAAAUACCGACGAUGAAGUUUUAAACCUUCACACGCUUAUACUCCUAUGGGUUUUGGAUUCCGGAUGUGACGUAGAAGCGGCGUUGAAGAGAGAGACGGAUAUAGCUAGACGCCUUGAGUGUGACACGCAAAACGAUUCGAAAACCGAAGAAAAAGAUGGCGAUCCAGAGUCGGAGAGUAAGGAGUCAGCGUCAGCCGAUCCAUCCACGCUCGAAAGCAUAAUGCCGGAAUUAGUGAGCGGUGAAGAAACCGCUCGCUGGCCUCGCGACAGACGCGUGCUGAGAGCCCUGCUUGAACUGAGCCGAGCUGAUGGUGGUAGGGAGCCAGAUGUUGAUGUGCUCUCUACAGACCAGCAAGUGGAGAGUGAAGAGAUAAACGACGCGACCGGUGAUGAGCAAGAUGAUGCGCUGGUGAUGGACCCCAGCACUAUUCACGAGCUGGCGAGUAGGGGUGAUGAAGAGGCGCUGGCGAGUUUGUUGAAGCGCUGUCCGCAGCUAGUGGAAACGCGCGACAGCUCAGGCAGCACGGCACUGCACGCGGCGGCCCGCAGCGGGCGAGCUGCGUGCGCGGCGCUGUUGCUGCGCGCCGGGGCCAGCGCGGCAGAUGCGGACGGGGAGGGGUGGAGUGUGCUGCGAGCUGCGGCGUGGGCGGGGCAUAGCGAGGUGGUAGAUAUACUGUUGGAACACGGAUGCGACGUGGACUGCGUGGACGCAGAUAAUCGAACUGCUUUACGUGCGGCAGCAUGGUCCGGUCACGAGGCGGUGGCCGCACGGUUACUUGCGGGCGGCGCCGCACCCGAUCGUGCGGACGCGUGCGGACGGACUGCAUUAAUGGCGGCUGCGUACAUGGGACAUGCCGAUAUUGUGCGCAUGUUGCUGGAUGCUGGGGCUGAUCCGAAUAGGGCUGAUGAGGAUGGUAGGACGUCCCUAGCGGUGGCUGCGCUGUGCGGCGCGGGCGCGCAGUGCGCGGCGCUGCUCAUAGAGCGCGGCGCCGACGUGGGCCCGCGGGACAGGGACGGCGCUGCGCCACUGCUCGUGGCCGCUUUCGAGGGACACACCGAAAUCUGCGAAGUCCUUCUCGAAGCGGAAGCGGAUAUAGAAGCUACAGACUCAGCAGGUCGCACAGCUCUAUGGGCGGCUGCUUCCGCCGGACACGCGGCUACUGUGCGGUUGUUACUGUUCUGGGGCGCGUGUGUUGAUACUAUGGACGCUGAGGGUAGAACUGUGUUAAGUACGGCGGCUGCGCAGGGCAACGUAGAAGUGGUCCGUCAGCUGUUGGACCGCGGUUUGGACGAACAUCACAGAGACAACUCGGGUUGGACGCCGUUGCAUUAUGCCGCUUUUGAAGGUCACAUAGAAGUAUGCGAAGCAUUACUAGAAGCAGGUGCAAAAGUCGACGAAGCGGACAACGAGGGAAAAGGGCCCUUAUUGCUAGCGGCACAAGAGGGACAUUUGGAUCUAGUCACAGUGCUAAUAGAUAGAUGGAAUGCGCCUGUUGAUCAAAGGGCUCAUGAUGGAAAAACUGCGUUAAGACUCGCCGCGCUAGAAGGCCAAUUCGAGACAGUAGCUUGCCUACUCUCUCGCGGUGCAGACGUCGAUGCAGUUGACGCCGAUCGACGCAGCACUUUAUACGUACUGGCCUUGGACAAUAGGAUCGCUAUGGCGAGACAGUUGAUAGCAGCUGGCGCUAGUGUGCACUGUUGUGAUACUGAGGGUCGAACACCACUGCACGUAUCAGCCUGGCAGGGUCAUACCGAGAUGGUUAAUCUACUCAUUAAAGUUGGCGGUGCGGCAGUGGACGGGCGCGACCGCUGCGCUCGCACCGCACUGCACGCGGCCGCGUGGCGCGGACGUUCUGCCGCACUCAGAGCGUUGCUAGCGCAUGGUGCGGACCCGGCCGCUGUGUGCACACAGGGGGCUACUCCGUUGGGUAUCGCAGCGCAAGAGGGUCACGAAGAAUGCGUAUUAUGGUUGCUACAGCACGGCGCUGACCCGCUGCAAGCUGAUCAUUGUGGUCGUACACCUGCCAAAGUUGCAUGGCGUGCCGGGCACGGCAACAUAUGCCGUUUGCUAGAACGUUGGAGCGCCCCGUCCGCGCCCGCAGCGCUCACACCGCAGCAAGACGACCUGCUGGCGCCGUUGCGGACUGGCUCGCCGGAUUACAAGCGGCGCAGCGUACACAGUUCAAACUCGACUAAAUCGUCGUCGAAUCUCACCGGCGGCUCGAACAGAUCUCAUGAACAAGAGGAUAAUGUUGAUAAGCUAAUAAAACCAGUGACGUCACUAUCGUUCGCCCAACAAGUGGCAAGAUGUGGGUGGGCGCGACGGGACCGCACUAGAGAUGAACCGGCCCCGGAGAUACGAGCACGUGAUAGUGAUGCUAAGUUGAGGAGCUACCUAGCGAACGAGCGUGACGUAGAGUUACGCGGUUGCGCGGUUGACGCGCGUCGCGAAGAGCGUCACGGCGCUACGUCACCUCUAUAUGCGUCACCGCCGCGCACUCCGCCGGAGAGAGAUGUACCCUCCCAACCGGCAUCACUACCUUGCCAGCAGCCGCUAGUGGCCGACACACACUUCAACCGCGACACGCACAUGCGCAUCAUACUCGGCCGAGACAGUAAGCAGCACGAGCGAGCUGACAGCGCGGUGUUUUUGGCGUCCAGACUUGCGUAUAACAAGUUGGUAGGCGGGCUCGGGAGGGUGAGAGGGAAGAUAUUUAAGAAAACUAAAAACAAGAGGAAUGGCAUAGUGACAAAUCCAGCGAUGCGAUUGGUCGCCAACGUAAGAAAUGGUCUUGACAACGCAGCAGCAAACAUUCGUCGAACGGGUGUGGCAUUGGCGGCCAGCGCAAGUUCGGCCAACCCAGCAGUUAAAACCAACGCCUUUCAAUGGAGGAAAGAAACGCCUUUGUAAACGAUGGGCCAAUGUGGGCCAAGUUGGCCAAACUGGUCGAGAUUAUGUUUGACUUAUCACGAUAGUGUAGCGGCAAUCACGAUAGUGUAGAGGGCCUAAAUAUCUAUGAUCGUCAUUGUAGAUGUUAGUUCAUAAUCGCCGUAAUGGCUGCAAAUAUGGACGAUCAUUUGUUGGGCCAACGCUGCCCAUUGUGAAAAUAUCAUAAAAUAUAGCUUGAUCUUUGUGACAGAUGUGAACAAAACCAACGAAAUUAUCUACAAUAAUAUUAUAAAGAGGAAAACUUUGUUUGUUUGAUUGUAAUAAAUAGGCUCAUAAACUACUGGACCGAUUUUAAAAAUUCUUUCACCAUUGGAAA